AUGCAUUUUACCCUUGCUUCUAUUUCCGCUGCGCUGUUGGCAUCCGUUGCCAUGGCUGCCCCUACUCAAAGUAAUACCGAAAAUGAAUUGGCUACUGUUCAUGCCACUUCCUAUCCUUUGGAUUACAACAUCAAGUUCCAAACGUUCAACUGGGCCACUAAAGAUGGUCAAACUAGUGUCGAUCGAUCAUUCUCUUUAGAUUUGAAUGAACCUGCUGCUUUUCAAAUCACUGAUUACAAGUUAGGUGGUGAUAUGUAUGAAAUUUCCGAUAAUGGAAAAAUCAUUGGUAUGACUAGUCCUACCAAUGCAUCUGCUUCUGUUUUUGCAGAAACUCCCGAAGAAGCUGUUGCUGAUAAACGAUUUAGUCGUGGUGAGUUCAAUCUUGCUAAGGGUCAUCAUGACAUCACCAUCAACGUUGUCAAGUCUCCAUACGGUGUUGGUUCCGGUGCUGUUCGCGUUGUUAAGAAAUUACAAGCCUUAUACGGCAAACAUCAUGAUGAUGAUCACAAACACCACAAACACGACGAUGAUGAUCACAAACACCACAAACACGACGAUGAUGAUGAUGAUGAUGACGAUGACGACGAUGAUGAUGACGAUGACGACGAUGACGAUGACGAUGAUUGGAAAAAAAAGAAAGGAAAGAAGGUAAUAUAUGUUUAUCAUACUGUUCCUUGUGAUUGCAACCCCCCAGCAGCCCCUGCACCUGAACCAGAGGCAGAACCAGAACCAGAAACUCCAGAGGAUGAAGAGCCUGAAAGACCUGAAAGACCUGAAACAACAGAGAAUACACAAACACCAGAUCACAGACUUCUUGCACCUCAUACCUCUACAUACCGAAAAGAAAAACUCAAGGAAAUUCUUAUUGAUAUCGUCAGUGACAUGAAACAUAAGAAAAAUAAUAUCAAGAAAGAUAUGAUGUCUGCUUACAAAGAUAGUAAUAAGAAGAUGAAUAAGAAAAAGGAACACUUAAAGGAAGAUAUCAAGGACGAAAUGCGCUCUAUGAUUAGUGACAAAGCUUCAGCAAAGGAUGCCAAACUCGGUCCUCAUGCUCGACGGGUGGUGAAGGCUUAA